AUGAACAGAAGAAGAAGAGGAGGAAGAAGUGCACCGCCGCCGCUCGAGAAGAAGACGGGCGAAGAGGGUGUGCAGACGAGGAGGACUUUGGAACGACCACCGCCUUCUCCUUCGUCGUCGUCGCCCGCGUCGGUUAAGAAGAAGAGAAGAACGUUUUGGCAAAACCGGCGACGGAUGGAAACGAGAGAAGAAGAAGACCAAGACCCACUCUUUGGACGCGAAUGGUCGCCCGGUGAAAACGAGAGUGAAAACGGUCUGGUGAGAGUGGUCUCGUACAACAUUCUGUGCGAAUCCGCGACGAAGAAAUACGCGAGAGAGCUGUACCCGAAGCAAACGAGGAAGGAUUUACAAGCGGAAACGAGAAUCGAGAAAAUUUUCGAGGACGAGUUAAAAAGGUUGAAACCGGACGUCAUCAAUUUGCAAGAAGUGGAAGCGAAGAGGUUCAAGCAGAUAUCAAAAAUGAUGAGGAAAUACGAGGGGUAUUUCGUGAAGAGAGGGAAAGGGAAGACGGACGGGGUGGCGACGUUUUUUAGGAAGAGUAAAUUCGCGACGGCGACGUGGUCGAAGAAGCCGACGCGGGUGGCGUUAGACGACGACGACGACGCGUUCGGUUUGGUUUUAGUGUUGGAAAACAAGAAAAAUAGAUCAGUUGUGGUUACCGGGAAUGCCCACGUACUCUUCGCGCCGAAGAAUGGUCUGGUAAAGUUAGCGCAGGUGAAAACGAUCUUGGAGGCGAUGGAAAGCGCGAAGAGCAUAGCGCUGUCGAAUUCGUCUUCUCGAGUGAUGAAAAUUUUCUCGUUGGAUGGCAACUUUUUGCCAAACUCGGCGCUGUAUAGUUUCAUAGAGGAGGGGUACUUUGAUAAAAUGUCGUGUAACCGUAGAAAUAUGGGCGGAUAUUUGAGCGAGGAUAGCAAGAAGGAAAAAGAAUGUUACGACGAGGAGGACGAGGAAGAAGAGGUGCUCGUCGGGGGUUCGUUCAAUGAAAGCAACUUGCAAAGUUGGAACGAUGUAGACGACGUCAACACGCAUGAAAACGUGUUCAAUGGGUCGCUCAUAACCAAACUCAACACUGCAAGCGGUCGCAUGCGCUCGGCAUAUAAAAAAGUGCUAAAGGAAGAGCCUUCGUGGACGUCUUGUCACAGGAAGUUUGUCGGCACGACCGAUUAUAUUUUCUUCGACGAGAGCGCGGCGAAGGUUAUGAGAGUGCUCAAAACUCCCAAUGCCCGCCAGUGGAAUAACAAUUUGCACGAAAAGAAAACUUUACCCAAUAGAAAGUACCCAAGCGAUCAUUUAAGCAUCGUCGCGGAUUUUAGUUUUAAAUAG